GACGACAGGUGUGGUUGGAAAAGAGUCUUAUUUGUACAGAUAUAUUGUGGAGUCUUCUCGACACCCGUACACCUGGACGUCAUGCAAUUAAGAGGUUAACAGACAAGGAAUCUCACCACACAUUCAGAUUCCGCUUGAAGUUUCAUACCGUUUCGAUAUCACACUCCCCACCACUCCUCCGCCUGUAUGUUGUCUGCCCAAUCAAUGAACUCCAUCAUUAUCUUCAGAAAUCACAAGUCAGAAGCGGAAUCAUAAUCAGAAACAUACUUGCCAUUGAGUAGCAAGGCAAACUGGCAUGUUUCGCAAUCGUCCACCAGACUGUCAGACUGUAUCUCACAGCUCUGCUUCUUUUGCGGCAUCGGGCCCAAGAUUGUGCAGACUGAUAGACGCAGAUGCGUGAUUCUGUCCAGACAAAAUAAACUUUCUGACGGGAGGCUUCAAAAGUCCAGAAAGUCAGGCCUUGGAAGAACCAACACAAGAACGAUCAAUAUAGCGAGCGGUCAGCCUUCAGAGGUUCCGUAAAAGAAGGGCCAAAGGAAAGGCGAACGCUUAAUCUGCAUACAAUGGCACUCUCCGAACCAGGUGCAGAAGCAUCCGGAGUGAUAAAAGUUCACAAACAAAUGUCAAUGAGGAAGGUCAACCAAGAAAAGAAGUGUACCCCGGGCAAUUACGUUGCGCCUCUAUCCCAACGCUAUCUAGGGGAUCUUUGAGUAGAUGGAGGGGCUGUUUUCGACUGACCUAGGGUAUGAUGGUUAAAGAUUACUUGCACCAUUGUCAUGCAAUCAAACAGUAUAAUCCUUUUGCUGUCCUAAAGCACAAGAUACCAGCAAUCAAGGAGUAAUCGUUCCAUGAAAUAGGCUCCUCCUAGACUUGGCGAUUUCCGAUGCACCGAUGCAACAGACGAGAUGACUACCGGCAACCGAGAACUGUCAUCACCUCAGGACGGAGGAAAAGCCUCGGUAUGAAACGAUUUCCAAGGAUUGCAUGACGAGAAAACUCGACAGCUCGCCAGGCGAUGAUCGUAGAGCUGCCGCUGGCUAACUGCGUCAGAAGAAAGCAGGCUCUGGAUCACGAUGUCGACUUCCCGUUUGGAUCACAAAGAUAACUGACACAGAACAACCAUUUCAAACAAGGAAAAGAUGGAUUAGCAUCUAAAUUCAAUUCAGACAUGAAAAGUGGACCGCGAAAACCAAGCCAAAGUACCAUCAUCGCCGCCGUUGAUUCUAGGUUCCGCUUAAUACUCCAUACUACCUUAUUGCACCCCAGGAUAUCCACCGCAUGUGCUUGCCAAUAUUGUUUAUUUGCAUAUUAUUUGCUGGGCGACAUCCGUCUUUGUACUGUACUGUACACUGUGCGGUUGUUCUUGCUACAUUCCUACGCAUCCAGAUCCUUUUCCAUCUCCCCAAUUGGCAUCAUGGCACCUGAACGGAUAGAUUUGGACAAACCAAGACAUGACCAAUCCACAUAUUGGGGACGAUUGAAGCAUUUCUCAGAGAUAACAGAUCCUCGCAAUCUCCUCGCGACGAAUGCCCAAUUGGAGGCUGCCAAGAAGCUUAUCGAGGAGUACCGGGCUGGACGCGUUGAUGCAGGAGCGGAGGAAGUAUGGAGAGCCAAGCGGUUGGUAGACAGCACCUACCAUCCAGACACGGGCGAGAAGAUUCUCUUGCCAUUCCGGAUGGCGUCGUUUGUUCCGACCAAUGUUGCGAUCGUAGCGGGAAUGUUGCGACCAAAUCCAUCGAUUGCAGGGAUUCUGUUCUGGCAGUGGAUAAACCAGAGCGUCAAUGUGGCAUUCAACUACUUUAAUGCGAACAAGACGACUGAGAUGAACAUGACUGAAACUGCUACUGCCUACAUAACCGCCGUGGCAUCAUCCUGCACCAUAGCAGUUGGUCUCAACGAAUGGGUCAAACGUGCGAAAUCUUUGUCACCUUCAGCUCAGGCUCUCAUGGGACGUGCAGUACCUUUUGGGGCUGUUGCUGCGGCAGGAACGUUGAAUGUCAUCUUGAUGAGAUCAAAAGAGUUGAGGGAUGGGAUUGACGUGCAGGAUAAAGAUGGAACCACCCUUGGAAAGUCUACCAAGGCUGGUGUUAACGCUGUGGGUCAGGUGGCAAUAUCACGGGUGGCAACCGCCUUCCCCGUGGUUUUUAUUCCAGGGUUGAUCAUGACCCGUCUUGAGAGGACCGCUUUCUGGGGACGAUAUCCCCGACUCCAUGCUCCCGUCAAUCUAGGAAUAAUAGCGGCAUCCCUCCUGGUCGCGCUCCCAUCAGCGGUGGCACUAUUUCCCCAGCGUGCCUCAAUGCCAGUUGAAAAGGUUGAGGAGAAAUUUCGGUAUAUUAGAGGUGCUGAUGGACUGCCCUUAGAUCGAGUCUAUUUCAAUAGGGGUCUAUGAUUGGGAAACGGAAGGAAAGGUGUAGAUAGAGAAUGAUGUAGAACGACAUUUCGGUUCUGUAAUAUUCUGGUGCGAAAUGACUGAUGCAGACAUUCACAGUAUGGUAGUGCACUUGGAAUUCAUCAAAAAGAAAACAACAGUACAUCGUAUCGAGUCACAUAUAUAUCAUCACAUAUACAA